AUGUCUACACAAGUCCUGUUAAACGAGUGGGUGCCGAUGUAUUGGUAGCGUUUAGGAAAGUUCGAGGUGUUUGAGAAAUUUUCAAAAUGUCGACAGUUGCAAGUCCUUUAUCGGUCGCCGGUACUCGUGCAUCAGGAACUCCAGUACGGACACAAAAUGUAAUGGCUGCCUGCUCUAUUGCCAACAUUGUGAAGAGCUCGCUGGGGCCAGUUGGCCUGGACAAGAUGCUGGUGGAUGAUAUUGGUGAUGUGACUGUAACUAAUGAUGGAGCCACUAUUCUGCGGCUCCUUGAAGUGGAGCAUCCAGCCGCCCGUGUGUUGGUGGAACUAGCGCAGCUGCAGGAUGAAGAAGUUGGUGAUGGAACUACCUCAGUGGUGAUUGUUGCAGCUGAGUUGUUGAAAAAUGCUGAUGAACUCGUCAAACAAAAGAUCCAUCCAACCUCCAUUAUCAGUGGUUACCGACUUGCAUGCAAGGAGGCUUGUAAGUACAUUCAGGAGCAUCUGACUGUCAGCGUCGAGGAGCUGGGUAGGGAGUGCUUAGUCAAUGUAGCCAAAACAUCAAUGUCAAGCAAACUCAUUGGACCCGACGCUGAUUUUUUCUCGAACAUGGUUGUGGAUGCUGCUCACGCAGUCAAGUUUUCAGAUGGCAAGGGUGGUUUCACAUACCCUGUGAAGGCAGUGAACGUUCUGAAAGCUCAUGGCCGCAGCGCAAGGGAGAGUGUGUUGGUGGCAGGGUAUGCCCUUAACUGUACUGUGGCAUCCCAAGCUAUGCCGAAGAGGAUAUCAAAUGCCAAGAUUGCCUGUUUGGAUUUCUCCCUGCAGAAGGCUAAGAUGAAGUUGGGGGUAAAGGUGCUGAUAACGGACCCAGAGAAAUUAGAAGGCAUUAGACAGCGAGAAUCAGACAUGACAAAGGAGAGGAUACAGAAAAUCCUUGCAGCAGGAGCAAAUGUGAUUCUAUGUACUGGUGGGAUUGAUGAUCUUUGUUUGAAGUAUUUUGUCGAGGCUGGGGCCAUGGCUGUCAGGAGGUGCAAGAAGGCUGAUGCAAAACGGAUAGCCAUUGCAACUGGUGCUGCUUUUCUCCCCUCACUAUCCAAUAUGGAAGGAGAGGACAGCUUCGACGCCAACAGUAUUGGGGAGGCUGCGGAGGUGGUGCAGGAAGUAGUGUGCGAUGAUGAGCUCAUUCUUAUAAAGGGCCCAAAGGCUCGCACAGCCAGCUCAAUCAUUCUGCGUGGGCCUAACGACUUCUACUGUGAUGAGAUGGAGCGAUCAAUUCAUGAUGCGCUGUGUGUCGUGAAGAGGGUGCUUGAGAGUAAGAGUGUCGUGGCUGGUGGUGGAUCAGUGGAGGCUGCAUUGUCUGUCUAUCUUGAGAACUUUGCCACUUCUCUGAGUUCACGUGAGCAGCUGGCGAUAGCAGAGUUUGCACGAUCUCUACUUGUGAUUCCCAAGACGCUGGCUGUCAAUGCUGCGCAAGAUGCUACUGACCUGGUAGCCAAGCUGCGAGCUUAUCACAAUUCAAGCCAAACCAAAGUGGACCAUGCCCACUUCAAGUGGGUUGGACUGGAUUUGCAUGAGGGAAUAGUCCGUGACAACAGAAAAGCUGGUGUCCUUGAGCCUGCAGUCUCCAAAAUCAAGUCCCUGAAGUUUGCAACUGAGGCUGCCAUCACAAUCUUGCGUAUUGAUGACAUGAUUCGACUAGAUCCAGAACAGAAGGAUAAGUCAUACAGAGAUGCAUAUGAAUCAGGAGAGUUAUAAGCAGGCAUUUUCUGGUAUUUCACUUCUUGUGGGUCAGGAGAUGGUGAUAUUACAGGAUGAAAUCCACGCUUCAUUCCUUUUAACAUACCUGUUCCUCACUGUUCAAAGAUAACAAGUUGUAGUGAGUUUGUUUUUCUAAUUUUGCAUGCUAAUUUUGAAUAUUCUGAAAGUUUUGUUUAAUUGGUGCACAUGCCUUUUAAGUAAGUUUCGUAAUAAAGCUUUAUGAACCUACUA